CACACACGCACACACACACACACCCACAGACACUUGACCUUUUCACACACACACGUCCACUUGCCCCCCCGCGGCCGAGCAUCCAGGUCCCCCCUUCGCGGUGCCCAUCAACCGGGGCUGGGGGGGCGCAAGGGGAGCCGUCCUGCGCCAGGACGCCGAACCAGACCCAUCCAGACCUCUUCUCUCGCCUCCUCCCCUCCCUCCGCUCCUCGCUUUCCUCCCUUUUGCUGGCUUUCCUCCACCCCUGGCCCCGCCAACAGCGCUUGCCUGCAUUUCACCAUGCUUCCGAAGCGCCUGAUUAGUCUGCUGCUUGCCGGCAUCAUGGCCCUGUCGGCCGUCCAGGCGGCCGUCGUCAAGUUCGACCUCCCGACCGUCCGCGAGGGCAGCAACAGCUGGGUCUGCAUUGGCGAUUUCGCAUCCCAGAACAGCCUGGUUAGCAUCUCGUACAAGCUCUCCGAGCCGGCUGUUAACAUGCGCACCAUCCUGCGCAUCCUGGACCCGUCUGGCAAUCGCCUGCAUCUGCGGGAGGAUGCCCCGCCGUCUGGGGAUUUCACUUUCGCCACGCUGGACCCCCAUGGCGCCUUCGAAGCCUGCUUCAUGAAUGUCGGCGACAGCCGCGCCAAUCGCCGGGCAUCUCCGCAGCCCCGCUCGGUGGUUCUUGAUAUCCGCACGGGUCACGAAACCAACGACUACGACAUGGGGAUGGACGACCCGGAGUCCAAUCGCGAGCUGCUCACUCUGCGCACCGCCGAGCAGACCAUCCGCCAAGUUCUUGACAUCAGUGAGAACAUCCGCGACGAGAUGACCUACAUUCGCUCGCGCGAGGCCCGUCUCCGCCGGACCAAUGAGUCCACCUACGACCGCGUCAAGUGGUUCGGCUACUUCUCGGUCCUGGUCAUGAUUCUUCUUGGUGUGUACCAGGUGUCGCAAGUCCGUAGCUUCCUCCGCAAGAAGAAGGCCAUCUAAGGACACAGGACCCCUCCUCCGCGCCCUCCCCCCCCCUCCCUUUCCAUCUCCGCCCAAGUGCCCCAUACUCGUGGACACAAACCCAUGCAUGCAUGCGUGCGCCUUCUGUCUCGCGGCUACGCGGCCCCCUUUUCACGUCCUCCCUGAAGAGGUGUCCCCCGUCGACCGUGAGGACUCCUCUUGACAUCAGAAAAAAAAUAAAUCCCUCCAAAGCA